AUGGCCAUCCCAAGUGUGAUUGGAAUCUUGGUGGGGGACCGUGCCUUUGUCCGGCCAGUCCCCAGCGACGGGCCGAAAAUCAUCCAGGCGCCCAGUAGCCGUACAGGGCAGGAGAGGCCCACAGCCACCACCCCCAGGAUAGCAACGCAUCCAUCCCGCAGGGGGCCAGUCGGAGGAAUGCGGGGGGGAAGUCCCCCCCACCCAAAGUCGACCCGAGGGGGCCGACGGCGACAAGACCACGGACAGAGGCCGGACCACCCCACACCCAGGCAGGCCGCAGAGGCCCAGGGUCCCCGCACCCAGAGCCCGCCAGCGCCCAAGGGCAGGGCCAGCCCACCACCGGGGGGAGCAGAGCCCCCCCAGACCGCCCACCAGGGAGGCACGGUCAGAUACCCACCACAGCCACCCCCACCGCCCCCCAGAAGCCGACCGCACGCCCCCCAGCCCAGGGAGGGACAGGCGGAGGCCCACGUAGGGCCACCAGCCAAGGGGGCCCCCAGAGACGGGAGAGAGGCAGACUCCCGAGCCGGUCCAGACCCCCCAGGUAGAGGCAGGGUCAGUGGUCCAAGGACCCGCCACGCCCAACCCCGCGGUGCCCCGGAGAGGGGUCCCCCAACAUCCAGGAGCAUCUGCGCCCGCCGACGACCCCCGCCAGGUAGGCAGACUGCCGCCCACCACAGCACCUUCAGGGAGGUGCGUCAUGAUGAGCCACAACCAUGCCUCCCGGACACCCCCCAGAUCGAGCGCAGGGGAUCCGAUCCCCCACGUCCGAUGGCCACCACUGCUGCCCUCACCCAGACCGCCUGUCCCAACACGGCCGGGGGGUGA